AAAGCAAAGAGUUCAUUCACCAAGCAGCUCCGGCCAAGAUGGCCACUUAUGGGAGCUUACAUAAUGUAAUUAUAGGAAACCCCAUGGCCGAUGCCGCUACAAUCCCUUACCCUUUUGCCAUAACUUCACCUUUGACGGUCGCGACGGCGGCGGCGACCACAGCAACGAUGAGCGAGGAAGGCUACCCAGCCACAUCCUGGGAGCAUACCGACAGCGAGACUGUCCCCUCGUCUAACUACAAAAACUUCCGUGUGCCGCACACCCAAGGACAACCGUAUACCUCGGACGAAUCCCUAGCCAAGGGCUCUGGUACCGCACCGCUUACUCCUAGUAAAUCUACUUCACCACCCAGGUCUAGUGUGGACUCGCCGACACGUACGACAAGCCAAAGAUGGCGAGACAGUUCUGCCCCGAAUCGAGAACCAACUCCUAGUGAGGAGGUUGUGGUGGAAGCUGGUUUCGAUGAGACUGUGCUAAGAACACUUUGUGAAUUGGAUUGUGGAGUGCCGCUACUGCUCGAUCGAAUCAAGCAGAGUAUGGCGUCAUGUAGAGAAGCCUCUGUGUUCUUCAAGAAGCGGGCGGUGUAUGAAGAUGAAUAUGGGCGCAAUAUGCAGAAACUCGCACGGAGCACAGCAGAUGCAUAUGCUGCCAACGACGGGAAGGCUGGGUCCUUUGUCGCUGCCUGGCAGAAUGCUCUGAAGACUCACGAGACGAUCGCUGAGAAUCGACUUCGAUUCGCCCAACGGCUGAAUGAGAUGAGUGAAGAGCUUGCCACGCUGGCCAAGGAAGUUGAAAAGACGAGGAAACUGACGAAAGACCUUUCUACGCGUUACGAGCGUUCCUUGCAGGAGUCCGAGAAUAUGAGAGAGAAAUGCAAGGCUCGAUUUGAUGUAACUGCCGAAGAACUCGAACGACUUUUACUUCAGAAGGAGGGUGAGUCUGUUCGGGACAAUGGCGUCCAAGGUCGAUCGCCCGGAGGUGUGGGAGGCAAGCGUGUGAUUGGUAAAGCUGUCGCGAAAGGCGGUAUGCUCCUCAAAGGGAAGAACCCAGGAAAUAUACAACGACAGGAAGAUGACAUCAGAGCGCGCAUGUCGACGGCUUCAGACGCCUAUCGCAAAGCGGUGCAUGAUACACAAGCCAUUCGUCAAGAAUAUUUCAAUUUUCAGCUUCCCCGGAUCCUUAGGUCCUUAAAGGAAUGCGCAGAUGAGAUUGAUCUUGGUACACAGUACCAUCUCACAAGAUACGCAUUCUUGUAUGAGAAUGCAGUCCUCAGUGACGGAAGUAUUUUAGUGCCUGGUGGUGAAGAUCCCAGUUUGAAGUCCAUCUUCGAGUCAAUUGACAACCGAUCUGACUUCAAAACGUACAUGCAAAACUACGCAUAUGCACAUGGCGGACAGAACACGAAAGGCCCCAGAAGAAAUGGACCCAGUGAAGACGGUUUCGUUCCUCCAAUAUUGCCUCUUAAUGCACACCAUCACCCUGCAAGCACGCCGAGUACAUCCCACUCUCAAGUUCCACCCGAAAGGACUCGACCGACGUUUGGCGUUGACCUUGCUGAACAGCUGCUACGCGAUGAUGUGGACCUCCCGCUAAUCAUGGUCAAAUGUUGUGAAGCUAUCGAGAAAUAUGGCUUGCACUCUCAGGGUAUCUACAGAAUUGGAGGUACGAUGCGCAAAGUGCAAGAAUUGAAGGAGAAAUUGGAUCGAGACUUGCAUUCGGUGAACCUUGAUGCAGACGAAUGGUCAUCGGAUGUCAGCAACGUCACUAGUGUGCUAAAACUCUGGCUACGAGAACUGCCUGAUCCAGUCUUCACGUACCAAUUGCAUCAGGAGUUUAUGGAAGCUACCAGAAACGACAAUGAACGACUGCGACACAUCAAAUUACAUGAAUGCGUCAACGACCUACCUGAUGCCAAUUAUGCCACCCUGAAAUACUUCAUGGGACAUUUGAACAAGAUUGUUCAAAACGAGGAACACAAUGCCAUGUCAAUACAGAACUUAGCUAUUGUAUUUGGUCCGACACUUUUUGGACAAGGCCAUCCGGGUGCGAAUGGCCAAGCCUCGAUGUUGGAUACAUCUUUGCAAAAUAAGGCAGGUAUCUUCCAUUACCGCCUUGACUACAUGCUAUUAACGAACUUGCGGUUCUAUAGGCUGUGGAGACCAUUUUGAAACAUUACAUCGACAUCUUCGUCGAAGAGCCUGAAGAGUCAUAACCAGUGUUUGCUACUCACAGUUCUCGCCCGCUGCCAUAAAGACAUUGCUAAGAUAACAUAUUUAUCACUCGUUGGAAAGGAUACCCCCUCAUUGUCCCACUGUAUCGCCUACUCCCUACUUAUGAUUACCAUAUCCCUUCUCCGCACUUUCUUCAUCCUCUUACAAUCGCCUUAUUCGUUGUGACAAAUUGUUGCCGUAUUUAUUGAGCUGGCUCAUUACGGGACUGUGUUGGUGGUGUUGUAUUUGGGUUUUCCUGUUGUCGUUUACUUUUCACCUUCGCAUGCAUCGUUUAUACUUAAUCGAAACUGUACUUUCGGCACCGUUAAUGCCAUCCCUGGGCUCAUGAUUGAUCGAGCCGUAUUUCUGGUAU